UAUACAUGUAUUACAUAAAUAUGUAUAUUAAAUUCUACUACCUUUAUCAAACAACCUUCACAGAUACUGACGAAAUUGUUAUUCCAAUUGCGCGAUCACAAAUAUUACUAAUUUUCCCGUGUUCAUGAUUGCGUCUGUGUAUAAUCACGUGAGCGUGUGCCCUAUAAACAUUUUGGGAAUAGGAAGUGGUAAACGCGUGCCAGUUCGACCCCCACAGUCAUCAGGAUCGGCCUCUCCCCACCAUUUUCUAAGGAAGUCUCCUCCCUUUGAACCUUACAAGGGUUGUCCACUACUAUAUAAGCGAAACUACACCCUCAUUCGUUCUAAACGAUUUUAACGACUCAUACUACAAAGACGUUUUCGAAAAACCGAUUGUGUGUGUUCGUUAAAAACCGAUUUUCUUUCAAACAGUUAUCUUUCGAAAAUCUUCCUAAAAACACGUACGUUUCCAAACUAGAGACAGUGUGUUGUGAUAUCAGUGACCAGUGUAUAACCUUGGAUUAAUCAUUAGGUAAGAGACAUUAGUCGUUUACCACGAUAGUUGCUCGAUAAACAUAAAAGAAUUUCAAACUUGCGUAAUUAAUGCGGACGCUAAUGUCUAUUCGAUUACCUGCAGUAAAACGGUUUCUGUGUAAUUUUCAUUGAAUGAUACGACAUCAAACAACACGGUAGAACUCAGUGUUAUUUGUUUAAUAACUAAUUAUAUUGGAAAAUGGAAUCUUUCUCCAUGCCGUCAAUAAACAACGUAAAAAUGGAAUUUAAUACUCAAGAAUUGAAUACUGAAACAUUUUUUGCCGAUGCAAUUCUGGAUCUUUCUUUCAAGAAACGAAGAACUUCGACUUCGAGCCAACCAAAUUCAUUGGAUUCGUAUUUAAAUUCGCCCGCGAGUAGUACGAAACAAGAUCAAACUAAUCAUGUUUCGGAAUCCGAAACCGAAAGGAAUAGUCCUUUUGAAGUUCGUACGUUCAUGGUGACACCACCUUCAGAAUCUAAUUCUCCGACAAAAAUCAAGUAUGAACCAAUUUACGAUCAUACGGACACGUCGGAGAAUAAUAUCAAAAAUCGACACAGUGAUUUGUCCAAUUUACCAAUGAAUAUUCCAAUUCCAACUAUGUUAUCGACAUUUCUUAAUCAAAACAGUGGCACAGUUAAAUCGACGGACAUAAUUAAUAGUUCCCCUUCAUCGUUAACUUGUUCCAAUGAAUUUGCAUUAUCCAAUACGUCUACGGAUAAAGAAAGCAAAAAAGCAGCAAGACCAUUUAAGGCUUAUCCAAAAGACCCGUUGUCGCUCACUGUAGGAGCAGUCGAAAUGAUAUAUGAUCAAAAUUCUAAUGAGGCUUAUUCCGAAUUUCGAAAACGAAUGUUAGAAUCGGUUAAAAAAUCAAACGAAGGGACUAAUGUGAAAAUGAGAAGAGUUACAAAGAGUCCUGGAUUACCAACGAGUACGGUUGAUGAAAAAGAUGCAGCUUACUGGGAAAGAAGAAGAAGAAAUAACGAGGCAGCGAAACGCUCUAGGGACGCUCGAAGAGCAAAAGAAGAUGAAAUUGCUAUCAGAGCAGCUUUCUUAGAGCAAGAAAAUAUUAAACUUAAAUAUGAACUUGUUGCUCUUAGAAACGAAACAGCUAAACUUAGAUGUAUGGUUUAUUCAACGUAAGUUUAGAUAUACUUUAUACAAAUUUAUAGUUAAUAUUUUAUUAGUAUUUAAGACUUAAGUUCUUAAAAUACUAAUAUUGAAAAUUGACUUUUUUUUAAAAGUACAAAAUAUUUGUAUCAUAUAAUAUGUUAUAUUUUUUGUAAUUUUUUAGUUUUUCAAAAUGUCAAUACCAAAUGUAUAUUAUAUAUAUACAUAUAUAUACGUAUGUAUAUAUAUUAUGUAAAAAAAUAUUUUCCUAAUAU